AUGUCUUUCAAUCGGAACAGUGAUCAAAGUGCCACUGUUAGCAAAAAAGUUUACCAAACUGUCACACUAACAGUUCAGGUUCCAUUUUGCAACUCUCAUCAUUCUCCUUCUCAGUUCUCAGUUCUCGCCAAACACACCUUCUACUCUUUGUUCUCUGGUGGCACCACCAACAUGCCACUUUCUUCGCCAAGCUUCACCAACUCCAACACAUGGACAACGAAACAACACACCCCUCAACUCAACAACACUUUUCAAUCUCUCGACACCUCACACAACAACACCUUACCCAUCAUCAUUCUCAGCCAAUCCCUCCACAAAACGCGCGCUUUCAGGAUCCACUGCAUUGCACCAGAACCCCUCGGCCCAUUGGAACAACCCAAAUGCGAUCGUCACUCUCAACCCGAAUUUGCUGGGGACGGCGGAGGUGGUGAUGGCGGCGGCGAUGGCAGCAGAAGCGGCGGUAAUGGGGAUGGAGGAGGAAGCGAAGAAGAAGAAGAAGAAGAUAAAGAGUUUGGACCCUUGUUGAAAUUUGAAGCGGUUAUGAAAGAAGCAGAAGCUCGGGGUGUCAAGUUGCCUUCAGAUAUGGUGGAUGCUGCGAGGAUCUCAGGCAUUCGAGAAAAUUUUCUUCUUCGUUACUUUGAAUUGCAGGGUUCGGCUUGGCCACUAUCUUUCCUUAUGAAGCAUUGUUCUAUGCUGAGAAAUCGAAUGCUAGCGGACCCUUCUUUUCUUUUUAAAGUUGGAGCCGAGAUUAUUAUAGACUCUUGUUGUGCGACGUUUGCGGAGGUUCAGAGAAGAGGGAAGGAUUUUUGGGCUGAAUUUGAGUUGUACGCUGCUGAUCUUCUGGUUGGAGUGGCUGUUGACAUUGCUUUGGUGGGUAUGUUAGCACCUUAUGCUCGAAUUGGCAAGCCUUCUGUGUCAAAAGGUUUACUUGGUCGCUUUCAACAUGCUUGUUCAUCUCUUCCUAGCAGUGUUUUUGAAGCUGAAACACCGGGAUUUAAAUUCUCUGUGAAGCAGCGCAUUGCCACAUACUUCUACAAGGGCGCAUUGUAUGGAUCGGUUGGCUUUGGAUGUGGUAUUAUUGGUCAAGGAAUUGCAAAUAUGAUCAUGAAUGCCAAAAGGAGCUUUAAGAAAUCUGAAGAGGACAUACCUGUGCCUCCUCUUUUGCAAAGUGCUGCUCUAUGGGGUUUCUUUCUUGCUGUGUCAUCCAACACUCGUUAUCAAAUUAUAAAUGGACUGGAACGCCUUGUUGAAGCUUCUCCCGUGGCAAAGAAUGUCCCACUUGUUGCAAUGGCUUUCACUGUUGGUGUGCGAUUUGGUAACAACAUCUAUGGUGGCAUGCAGUUCGUAGACUGGGCCAAAUUGAGUGGAGUACAAUGAGUGCCCUUGUCUCCACUUUCUAUUUGCGCCUUUUUUUUAAAGUUUUAUCCAAGGUUCUAACUCAAAUUAAGAAGAGAAGCUCCCAUCAUUUUUUCAUAUGUUUCAAGAGGAAUUAAGCUUCAUAUAACUGGGAAUGGUCUUAAGCUAUAUUAUGAUUCAUUUGUUUGAGAAAAGAUCUUUUUGCAAUCAUUUAGGCCAAUGAGUUUUUUUUUUCCCUUUCCCUACACCCACUAGCACUAUAUGUUAAAUCACAUAGGAAAAGAGAAACAUUUUUGUCACUUUUUU